AUGCCGCCAUUAGUCUCUGCAAAUCUGGCCGCGUUUUGCGUUGAGACUCUCUUAUAUGGUGUCUUCAUUGUUCUGUUCGUGGCGUCAGUAUACCUUCAAGUGCGGCGGCAGCAGCAGCAUGCCGAGGCUAGCGAUCGAGUAGCCACUGCGAUGUGUCGCUUUCGACAACGGAUGUGUGCAACACCAAUGUUCAUGCCGGGAAUAUGUCUAGGCAUCACUGUGACGGCCCAUUGGACCCUUACUGUCACCCGUUUGUUUCAGGCGUUUGUCGGCAUUGAUGGAGGUAACCAGCCUUUCCUGUUCUUCGCUGACCUCGGUCAAACUACGAACGUUGUAAAAACCGCGUUCCUCUUCGCUUCAUGUAUGAUUGGAGACGCAACGUCUAUAUAUCGUACUUGGGUCAUCUGGAACCGUAUGCUCUCGGCUGUCAUAUUUCCAUUAUGCAGUUUUAUUGGUGUUGUUGUAGGUGGGAUCGGAAUCACCUGCCAGUUCGGUAUCUACAAGUUUGCAAAAGAUGUCUACAUGGCCGAAAUUGGCCGAUGGGUUUUGAGCCAUUGCAUAUUAACAUCCUUCACCAACAUAUAUUGCAGUUGCAUGAUUGCCUACAAGAUCUGGAGCACAAAUCGUUCAGUCCGUGCAUAUACUGGGGGAAGAACUAUGGGUGCACUUAUUAUCUUCGUUGAGAGUGCUGCCCUGUAUACCAUUUGGUCGCUCUUCUUCUUUAUCUCCUUUGAGUCCCGUUCUAAUCUGCAACUCAUCGUCAUCAAUGCGUGGGCUCCUGUUACUGGAAUUACUUACACGCUUAUUAUUGUCUGUGUCGCAGUGAGAUUGGUCUACAAGGCACCAAGUUACCCCCAAUCCCUAGAUUUGCAUUUAUCCCCGCCCAAUAAUGAGCAAGACACCAUGCGCCCUGUAGCCGCCGAUAUCUCGCAGGUCGCGAAUGUGGAGGAUGUUCCCGCUUUGUCUACUUCACAGCCUCCAGCAGAUAUCAGUCAAGCUAUUUUUUGUUAA